AUGUGCAGUGUUUUGAUUCUUGGAGUGAGUUCCGCAAAUAAAGGAUCGGUUAGAGUAUGUAAUCGAGGUGCUUACGUUGCUAAAUGUGGUCUCGAGACCCGAACGAGUGAUGGUCGUACUCGUAACUAUGAAACAGGUCAAUUUCCCGUCGGACAAUGUUCAACUCUUGAACUUCCUUACGAAUCCGUCUGGGGCCGUGCUUGGUGCGACAAUUACGUCUUCAUUGCUGUCACUAAAAAUAUCUUUCGAGAAGAAUUCGACGCACCAGCUACUCGUUGCUAUGACAUUGGCGGCACAACGUUUCACCCUUCAAUGAGUCGAACAUGUUAA